AUGGAUUGCAGUAAAUUGGCAGAAAAUCGGACCCCUGAGUUAGGAAUGGAAUUCAACAGUGAAGAGGAUGUGUACAAGUUUUACAACAAAUAUGCCUUUAAAAUGGGAUUUAGUGUACGCAAAGACUAUCUAAAUAAAGAUAAAGACGGUGUGACCAUGUCUAGGAGAUAUAGUUGCUACAAGGAAGGUGUAAAACGCAAGUACGAAGGUGAUGUGAUCCCAAAGAGGACACAAGCACCGACGAAAACGGGGUGUGGAGCUAAAAUGGUUAUCGUGUUACUUAGAGGGACAAUGAAGUACCGUAGCCAUGAACUUAUGGGAAAGGAGGCAUGUGACUUGAAAAAUGCGGGAUAUACUCGGGAAGAUCUGAAACGAUAUUUUCGUACUCGACGGGAAAGGAGUUUGAAAUACGGAGAAGCAGGAAUGUUAAUUGACUAUAACUUUUUUGGAGAUAUAGUCACAUUCGACACAACCUACAAAACAAAUAAAGAAUACCGGCCACUUGGAGUGUUUGUGAGUUUUAACCAACAUAGGCAAAUUGUGAUAUUCGGUGCUGCCCUUAUGUAUGAUGAGACUAUAGAUUCUUUCAAAUGGGUGUUUGGUACACUUUUAGAAGCAAUGUGCGGAAAGCGUCCAAGUACCAUACUAACCGACCAAGAUCACGCCAUGGCAGCCGCUCUUUCUGUUGUCAUACCUGAAACAUUUCACGGUCUAUGUACGUUUCACAUAAGACGUAAUUUUAUGAAAUAUCUUGGCAAUCACUACAAGGAAAAUAGUGACCUUCCAUACAUGUUUGGUGCCUGCAUGUAUGAGAUUGAAGAAGUGAAACAAUUCAACAGGUUGUGGGAGGCGAUGGUGAAGAAGCACAAUCUUUAA